AUGUCUUCAACCAGCGCCCGCCGCCUCAACGCGAGCAAUAUUAACCCGCAUGUGCGGGAGGCCAAGUACGCCGUGCGCGGCGAGCUGGCCGUCAAGAGCGAGGAGUACCGAGCCAAGAUCGCAAAGGGAGAUACUGCCGACCUGCCCUUCUCCCAGGUCGUCUCUGCCAACAUUGGCAACCCCCAGCAGCUCGACCAGAAGCCCAUCACCUUCUUCCGCCAGGUGCUGAGCCUGCUCGAGAAUCCCCAGCUGCUCGACCACGAGGAUGUCCUGCUCGGUUCCCUCGACUACAAGCCCGACGUCAUCGAGAAGGCGAGAUGGCUGCUGAGCAAGGCCGGCAGCGUGGGCGCGUACAGCGCCAGCAACGGCGUCCCUGCCAUCCGCCAGAGCAUCGCUGACUUCCUCGAGAGACGCGACGGUUUCCCUGCCAGCGAGUCAGACAUCUACCUCUCCGCCGGCGCCUCCUCCGGCGUCAAUACCCUCCUGCACAUCAUCUGCGCCAAUGAGAAGACCGGUAUCCUUGUGCCCAUACCACAGUACCCCCUCUACACUGCCUCCUUGUCCGUCCUGAACGCCACCUGCGUCCCCUACUACCUCGACGAGCACAAGAACUGGGGCACCGACCUGUCCGCCAUCAAGAAGGCCUGCGCCGAAGCCAAGGCCUCAGGCGUUGACGUCCGCGCCAUCGUCAUUAUCAAUCCGGGUAAUCCCACAGGUGCCUCGCUCUCCGAGUCCGACAUCCGCGACAUCAUCGAGUUUGCCCGCGAGGAGAGGCUCGUGCUGAUGGCCGACGAGGUGUACCAGACCAAUGUGUUCAUCGGCGAGUUCGUCAGCUUCAAGAAGGUCCUGCGCACCCUGCAGAAGGAGUCACCCGGCAAGUACGACGGCAUGGAGCUGGCCAGCCUGCACAGCGUGUCCAAGGGCAUGGUGGGCGAGUGCGGUCACCGCGGCGGCUACUUCGAGCUGGUCGGUUUCGACCAGGCCGUCCAGGCCGAGAUCUACAAGUUCGUCUCCAUCACCCUCUGCGCCCCUGUCAUCGGACAGUGCCUCGUCGAGCUGAUGGUCAACCCACCGCGGGAGGGCGACCCCAGCUAUGCCCUGUACAAGAAGGAGUACGACGGCAUCUUCGAAGGGCUCAAGGAGCGCGCCUACGCCCUGUGGCGUGCCUUCGAGAAGAUGGAGGGCGUCGAGUGCGGCGAGCCUCAGGGCAGCAUGUAUCUGUUCCCCACAAUCAAGGUCCCCGCCAAGGCUGCCGAGGCCGCCCGCGCAGAGGGCCGCACUCCGGACGAGUUCUACUCCAUGAGACUUCUUGAGGCGACCGGCGUGUGCGUCGUUCCCGGCAGCGGUUUCGGCCAGAAGGAGGGCUCCCUGCACUUCCGCACGACCUUCCUCGCCCCUGGAACUGAGUGGGUUGGCUCGAUUGUGAAAUUCCACGAGGAGUUCAUGAACAAGUACAAGUGAGAAACGGGCUGCGACGAGAAAAGAGAGGGGGGGGGGGCCAUGCAAAUGCGUUCAUAGACGAGCGUUAGAUGCUAAAGAUCUGGCCCAAAGGGAUCUUGUCGAAAUCGACAUAUGAUGAUGGCAUAGCAAUUUAGUUUUGGUUUUCUCCG